AUGUCGACUUUGGAUUCGCUCAUCAUUCGAUGUGCCAAGCAAAUAUACCACAAUCUCAAAUUAACCAGCCGUAUUCAGAUACUGAAUAAUGCAACACCAGCUACCACUUUACCUGAGGAAGUUGUUAAAAUGCAGCAAAUGAUUGUAAUUGCAGAUAGAGCGACGUUGGAGAGAAUCGUCAGGUCGUUCUUGCAGGACACAAGGCCAAACAAGACCAUUCAGGACUUUAUGGCUCUCAUGAAUCAAGAGCUACAAAGGCUUGUUGGUGAGGACGAUGAUUUUGAUAUUGAAUUUGACGAUGACUUUGACGACGACAUUUACCUUGGCAUGUGCAGUGAAGCAAUGGACACUGUGCCUGACUGCAAAAAGAGAGCAAGAUCGACUGAUGACACUGCAGCAUUACACAAACGACUUAAAAUACCAACACCUGUUACUACACCAAAAGCCAUCAGCUUGGAGCCAGAGUCCAUUGAUCUGACUGCCUCACCAAAAGCAAUCAAUGCGAAGCCUAAACUUAUUGAUAUAACUGCAACAACAUCAGGCCCUUCACGACAUACCACGAAAAGCAUGCCUACUGCACUGACAGCAGAGUCUUGCUUUACCAAUGACACGGCCAGAGGUGAUACACACAACAUCAUCUGCAACCCUCAGAGCACAGCAAAGCUCUUGAACGGCGUGCCUUGGGUGAUUCUGUUUGAAAUCGCUCGUUUUGUGCAAGCAUUUCAAGUGGAAUGGACCCAGAUACCAUUUGACGCCUUUCAAUCGUUUCUCAAUGUAGGUUACAAUGAACCUGCGCAACUAUACGACACCAUGAUCAAGUGGAAUCAGGAGACGCGGUUGGGGAUUAAGAUCAACGGCUCUGCCUAUACCGUCAUGGACAGAUGCCACGAGAAUGUGUGGGUCUAUUUCAAGCCGCUGCAAAAGUCCACCACAGCGUCAGCAACACCGUUGACACCACUUCCUUCUGCUUUGGAUGCAAACUUUGAAUUGCACACCAAGGAUCAAAAUGCUCGCAUAAAGAACCGCAUGGUUCACUACAGCGGGCUCAUCACAUGGAAGAAAUCAGAUCUGCCUCCCACCAUCUCACUGCGAGCACCCAAAGUGGAGGCUUCCAACAGAUUCUUUCGCAAAUUUGGUCAAGACAGAUUUCUAGAGCUCAAGCUAGGCAAGAACACACAUGUCGCUAUUCUCAAGCAACACAAAGCGUUCUUUCUGAAGCCGUUUCUGCUGAUGCAUCGAGUGUUUCGAUUUCUGUUUGUCAAGGAUGACACCGUCAUUCUGUUUGCAACCGAAGGCGUGGAUUUGGAGCCCAUCAGUAUUCAGCAGGUCAUUGAGUGGCAUAUGCCUAUAGCAGAGAAUUGGGACAUGUCCAUGAGCAAAUACGCGAGCCGCAUGUCGCUUGGUUACAGUAGCAGUAUUCCAACAUUGGAGUUCAAGCCUGAGGAAAUCAUCUACAUUGACGAUGUCUAUGGAUUCACCGGCUCUAACAGCAAUGAAAGCAACUGUAUGACCGAUGGCUGCGGCAUCAUUUCCUGUUCUGCUAUGAAAAAAAUCAUGGGCUGUCAAGCAACAGAUGAACUGCCUUGCGCUAUUCAGGGCCGUAUUGCAGGUGCCAAGGGUGUGUGGAUCAUUGAGCCUGAUUUGGAUUUUACGACGGGUGAUUAUAUCAAGAUUCGCAAAAGUCAGGACAAGUUCAAGACAGGCUUGCCACAGGGCGAUCUUACGCUGGAUCCUCAUCACUACACAUUUGAUCUGGUCAAGAACUCAAUUCUGGUUUAUCCGUCCAACUUGAACACGCAGUUCAUUCAAUGCCUUUCUCAUGGCGGCGUGGCUCAUUCCGUCUUUAUCAUCAUCCUCAAAGAGUACAUUCAUCAACUGGCAGCAAUUGUUACGGAAAAUCAGAGUGUCAAGCUGCUGAGAGAUUGGGUAGCCAAGUGCGGAAAGAUCAUGAUGGGUCGAUGGGAGGCUGAGACAAGCAGUGAAAAGGGCCUCUGGAAGGAUUUAGUCAAUGGCGGCGCAGGUGGUAUAGACGAUGAAAACGACAGCGGAUUCUUUACGCUGGACUCGCCUGACGAUGUGCACUCGACAGAAGGCGACCCACACGAUAGCUCAACAGGAGAGGAAAAGGGUCUUGGCAAACUGCAAUUGGACAACAAGGAGAACCACUUUGCAAGACUCAACAAAUACUCUGGCUUCCCUGCCAGUCUACACGAGUCCAUUGUGCGAUUGCUGGAUGCCGGAUUUGAUUUGUCCAACGCAUAUGUAGCUACUCGAGUCACUAUGGUGUUUCGUCAAAUUAUGCAAGCCAUCACGACCAAAUACAAGAUUGAGGUGCCUCAGUCAUGCACUGUCACUUGUGUUCCUGAUCCAACAGGCACAUUGGAACCUGGCGAGAUUUUCCUGCAGCUGUCAAACAGACGAGUCGACGAGAAAACUGGUAUUCGUGCUGGUCAGAUACUCGGUGAUGUGAUCGUUACUCGUAAUCCGUGUGCCCUAGCUAGCGACGUACAAAAAGUAAAAGCAGUGGACUGCACUGCACUGAGAAUGUACUCUGAUCUGGCCAUCUUUUCCAUCAAGGGAGAGACUUCAUUGGCUAGUCAACUGAGUGGUGGUGAUUAUGAUGGUGAUAUUGUAUUCUGUUGCUGGGAUGAACGUAUCGUGGAGCCCUUCAUGUCGAAGCCCGUACCUCCUCCAUGCAAACGAGCGGAGGAAGCAUUUGAAAAGGACAAGAGCACGGUGGGUAAGGAAGUGGGGUCUCAUAAAGACACUGAAAAAGUCAUUCAAAGCAACUUUCUCUCUGUUGCUAUUCCUGAUGGCACGCUGGGUGUUUAUGAAAACUGGAGAACCGUGCUAGCUGAGAGUUCCUCUCUGGACCAUCCUGAUGUGGUGUACCUGGGUCACAUGUGUUCCAAGCUGGUGGAUGCUACUAAACAAGGCCUUAGUCUCAAAGCAACUGCAAAGAAGCGAGAUCGAGCCAAUUUCUCCGAGAUUCCUCAUCCACCCUGGUUCAUGGACAAGAAAAACAAGCAGCGUGGAUCUACGUUUCGAAGCUACAAAGAGGCCAACAAUGUGUAUACGCUGGAAGGUGCUCCCUGUACAACGACCAUGGACUACUUGUACGAUACACUGCUAAAAGAAACCACAGCAUUCACCAAAUACUCUCGCAGUAUGUUUUGUGAUGACGAUGUCCCCUUGAAAGAUUCUCAUCUUAUUGCGCCAUGGCUCAAGGCCAACGAACUAGCCACGCAGCUCAACGAUGAAGCACUUAUGGCUGAUUUGAAGCUGAUAGCACAAGCCGUAGAGAACAACAAAAAAGAGUACAAUGAACAAUGCACAAAACUAGAUUUGCAAAAGCAACGUUAUCUGGAGAAUAUUUCGAAUCCAGCGAGAUACGUGGAUGAAAAGUACAUUGAAGAGUUCCAGAGUCAAUUCAACAGCCAUUUCGAACUGGAAGAGUACUUUGCAAAGGAUUUCAUGGAGAAUCCACCUACACAGAGUCUGAAAUCAAACAUCAUGACAUUCGACGUGCAGGUCAAUGGUGGAAGACAGCUGCAGAGUAUCAAAGCAAGUUACGCAUACAAGAUAUCCAUCAGUGCCAACAAGUAUGCCAAAUACUGCUAUUUGGUCGCAUUUGAUCAUCUGAGACGUAUCAAGGCAGAUGCUGUGGCGAAACAAUACAAUGAAAAUGGUAUUGCAGAAAGUCUAUCGACUUCGGCUUACAAGUGCAUGACGAUUGAUCGAAAAUGGAUAAAGAAGAUGAAGGAGUCAAAUUACACUGAAAGUGCUGACCGAGUUAGAUUGUCUACCGAUUUUAUAGCUAAAAAAUAA